UCCAAAUGGACGUAUACCCAUUUACUCUGUCAGACUAUUUUAAAUAAGCACAGACUCACUAAUUGUAGUCCAGUUCAGAUCAGUGUUCACGUUAGGAGAACUGCGGAUUGGCGAGGUCGCUACAUUUAACGGACUAUCUGAAGUGGAGCGAUUUCAGCGAGAUUUUACCCCUUGGACUGGAUUUGUUAAAACUUCAGAGUUCAGCAUGCCUCGGUCUUUCCUGGUAAAAAAGUAUUUCACCAGCAAGAGGCCAAACUACAGCGAGUUGGAAUGUCAGAACGAUACUUUGCCAGACAGAUACCCACUAGCAGAACUUCCAGCAGUCACCAGUGACUUCCCAGUAACUUGCUUGACCACUGGUCUGGUUUGGGACGUCAGCUUGCUACCUUCCCUACACGAUCCCACAUCCCCAUCCACCCUUUCCACUAGCCAGGGCCCGCUGGACCUCAGCUCCCCGUCUAGCGUCAGCUGCAGCAGCAGUGGGGAAGAAGAUGAAGGACGCACGUCUGACCCACCGAGCCCAGAUUCCUCAGACACCUACCACCCCCAACAGACCAGCAGGCCGAGGCGCAGCAACAAGAACAGGGCAGGACAGAGAGAGGACAAGAGCGAGGCCACUGUCCCAGCCACUCGACCGGCCUUCUUCUGCAAGCACUGUCCCAAAGAAUACAACAGUCUCGGUGCCCUGAAGAUGCACAUCCGCUCACACACACUACCAUGCGUCUGUCCCACCUGUGGAAAGGCCUUUUCGCGACCCUGGCUGUUAAGAGGACACAUUCGCACGCAUACAGGUGAGCGUCCUUUCUCUUGCCCACACUGUAACCGUGCCUUCGCGGACCGUUCUAACCUGCGCGCGCACCUGCAGACCCACGCAGAUGUGAAGAAAUACCAGUGCAGCACCUGUUCUCGCACCUUCAGCCGCAUGUCCUUGCUGCAGAAACACAGUGCGGCCGGCUGCUGUCCCUCCACGGCCUGAGCACGCCGGGUCCGCAGGAGCCAUUUUAUUUUAAUUCAGACACGGUGCCUUGUGAGAUAAUAAUGACCGUGCGCAUCACUCUCACGUAGAUGCAAUAUGCAACAGGAGAAGGAUGACGUGACAUUUCAGCGGACUUCUUAAACAUAACACGGUCAAUACAUUUCCAAAUGCCACAGACUUUUUUCCAAACCAAAUUACUUCAAAUGAAGGAAUUAUGAAUGUUUAAAGUAUAAUAGCUGUUCAGCUAGGAGUCCUGAACCAGGGACAACUGCUGUCAGGUUGGGGGUGGGCUCACAUGUAGGGUAUGUCUUUCAGCAUGACACACACACACGCAAACAUAAGCACACAGACAGACAGCUGUUCUGUGGUGCGGAGGCAGUGUGCUAACAGGUGCUCUGGCCCUGAAUGUCACAUCUCUGAUAACAGGUGGCGUCUACCGAGUUCUCUAGAAACACACUUGGAGAAAGUUGUGAUGGACCACAGUUGACCGUGUUGUUUUUUUAAAAGUUGGUUUUAGUGGGUUUUAACCUGCAUGCACAAGGUCCAUCACUUGUUUUUACUAAUGUUUGUUCUUUUCACCACGUAAUUUUUUUUUACUCUCCUUUAUCACUUUUCCUUUUGUUGUACAGGGACUGAGUUUUAAAAUGCACUCCAGUUUACCAAAGAGUAUUGAAGUCCUGUCGUUUUGCAUUAUUAAAACGAAUGAUUGGACCAUUGAAACCAAAGCCAUUCUACUUUUGGUAGUUUUUUUGUACCUCAGUGUUUUUUCAAGUGAUGACAUGCAACACUUCUGUAUUUUUAUCUGAUGUGAAGAAAAGGACUUUCUCAGUAAAUAGCCAACAAUGUUUUUUCAUAUGCUGUCCACUAUUCUUGUGGACGUAUUGACUAUAAUAUGUAACAAUUUAUUGAUGUCACAAUUUGUGCAUGAAAUGUUUUCUUAAAAUUGAAUGAGUUCAGUGCAAUUUUUUUAGCAUACCGUUUUUCAUAUUUCAUGUCUCUUUUCAUUUGUCCAAAUCAAUUUCCAAUAAAAUAAUUUAAGUUUA